CCAAAUCACCCCAUAGCAUUGCUGCGACAUACUCACAGAAACCUCAUUAUAGGUGCACUGUGAGCAUUUGUACUACGAACAUAGCGUUUUUUACCUUAUUUUUGGAAGACUAAUCAACCAGAGAAGAAAAUAUGCGUGAGUGUAUCUCAGUCCAUGUUGGCCAGGCUGGCGUCCAGAUGGGGAACACCUGCUGGGAGCUCUACUGUCUGGAGCACGGCAUCCAGCCGGACGGUCAGAUGCCCAGCGACAAGCCCGUGGGCGGACACGAUGACUCCUUCACCACCUUCUUCAGUAACACCGGCUCCGGGAAGUACGUUCCCCGAGCCAUAUUUGUGGACCUGGAGCCCACAGUUAUUGAUGAGGUGCGUACGGGGACGUAUCGUCAGCUGUUCCACCCCGAACAGCUCAUCUCUGGGAAGGAGGACGCUGCUAACAACUACGCCCGAGGGCACUACACCAUCGGCAAGGAGAUCAUCGACUCUGUGCUGGACAGGAUCCGCAAACUGGCAGAUCAGUGUACUGGCCUCCAGGGCUUCCUGGUUUUCCAUAGCUUUGGAGGGGGGACUGGUUCUGGGUUCACUUCCCUGCUUAUGGAGCGUCUGUCGGUCGACUUCGGCAAGAAGUCCAAGUUGGAGUUUGCCAUCUACCCAGCUCCUCAGGUGUCCACUGCUGUGGUGGAGCCCUACAACUCCAUCCUGACCACCCACACCACCCUGGAGCACUCUGACUGUGCCUUCAUGGUAGAUAACGAGGCCAUAUACGACAUUUGCCGUAGAAACCUGGACAUUGAACGUCCCUCCUACACCAACCUGAACCGUCUCAUCAGCCAGAUUGUGUCCUCCAUCACCGCCUCCCUGCGCUUCGACGGAGCCCUCAAUGUGGACCUGACAGAGUUCCAGACCAACCUGGUGCCCUACCCCCGCAUCCACUUCCCCCUGGCCACCUACGCCCCGGUCAUCUCUGCCGAGAAAGCCUAUCACGAGCAGCUGUCCGUGGCGGAGAUCACCAACUCCUGCUUCGAGCCCUCCAACCAGAUGGUGAAGUGUGACCCUCGUCACGGUAAAUACAUGGCCUGCUGCCUGCUGUACCGCGGCGACGUGGUGCCCAAGGAUGUCAACGUGGCCAUCGGAAACAUCAAAACCAAGAGGAGCAUCCAGUUCGUGGACUGGUGUCCCACUGGCUUCAAGGUGGGUAUCAACUACCAGCCCCCCACCGUGGUUCCUGGAGGAGACCUGGCCAAGGUGCAGAGGGCCGUGUGUAUGCUGAGUAACACCACCGCCAUCGCUGAGGCCUGGGCCAGGCUUGACCACAAGUUCGACCUGAUGUAUGCCAAGCGGGCCUUCGUGCACUGGUACGUGGGAGAGGGCAUGGAGGAGGGAGAGUUCUCCGAGGCCAGAGAAGACAUGGCCGCCCUGGAGAAGGAUUACGAAGAGGUGGGCCUCGACUCGUUUGAGGAUGAAGAGGAAGGGGAGGAGUAUUAGGAGUGGAGGGAGCAACAAAGGAGGGAUGGGUCCUCUACUGGCAAACAUCACUGAGAGAUGGAAUUGCCUUUACAUGACCAUGCAGGGAGGAAGGAAGGAACAGCAGAACCUGCUUCAAGCCAAUAUAUUUUCUCUACCAAAGAAACUUCUCAUGUCUGACAAUCUUUUCCAAGAAGGUUGACCAAGGAAUUGUUCUUUGCCUUAAUGAAAAAUGCUGUCGCCAUGAAAGUUUUCUUCGUUUAUGACAGUUACUGUCAUCAACACUAAAGUUACUGCCAAGUAAAUUCCUUUGGCCAACCUGAUUAUCUCAACCCCAUGGUGUUCGGUCUUAAUGGAAGUGAUUUCUCCAACUUGGAGAGUUAUUUUACAUUACUGAUAAGCUACACAAUAUUCUAUUUCUUUCCUUUUAACCCAGCAUGAUUUUAGGACUCUUGAUUUCCAUGUUGUGUGUCUACUCUGCUGUCAAAUUGCAGUUUUUAUUUUAUGAUUGUAACGCAUCAGGAAACUGUGGUGACUGGCACCCCUCCUUUGUAAAUAAAGUUGUGUGAUCUCAA